UUUCACAACCGCGGCCCCGCCGAUGUUUUCCUGCCCGGCACCGGGCGCAUGGCGCGGCCGCCGCGGACGCUGCUCCUCGUCCUCCUCCGCCUCCUGCUCCGCCUCGCCGCCGCCGGGCGGCCCUGCGGCCCCGCCAGACUGUCAGGGGACACGGUGUUGGGCCGCCUGGGAGCCAACAUCACAUUGACCUGCCAGGACGAGGUGCCUGCAAAUGCCACGGUGUUGUGGCAGGUGGAGGAGCAGGGGGCAGCAGGGGGCUGGGGACGGCGGCUGGCCGAGGGGAACACGCUGCUCCUGCGGCGCCUGCGCUACGAGGACUCCGGGCACUACAGCUGCUCCGUGGGGAGCCACCUGCUGCGCUUCCUGCGGCUGCUGGUGGCAGCGCCUCCCUGCCUUGCAGAGCCCCCUGAAACUCCCCAGGUCUCCUGCUACCGGCGGAGCCACGACAAGGAUGUGCUGUGUGAGUGGCCACAGCAGGAGAAGCCAUCCCCAGGGACACGGGCGAUGCUCUGGGUGAAGCGGAGGUUUGUGGCUGAGAAUGCCACAGAGCAGCGGUGCCGCUACUUCUCCAAGGCACGAAAGUUUGUUUGCCGGGUGAAGGUGCCACCUGGCACUGAUGACACCAGACACCUCGUGGUGUCCACGUGCGUCAGCAACAGCGCUGGUGGCUCGGCCGGCAAAGAUAAGAUCAUCACCCUCAGCAGCGUCCCAGUGAAGCCAGACCCCCCAGUCAAUGUGACAGUGGAGGCUCUGGAGAAGGCGCCGCAGCGGCUGCAGGUGAACUGGUCCUACCCGCCAUCCUGGGACCCCCGUUUCUACUGGCUGCGCUUCCAGGUGGAUCAGGUGACAACAACGUGGCUGGACAUCCGUGACGCGUGGCGUGGGACGAGGCACGUGGUGCAGGUGAGGGCCAAGGACGAGUUCGGCCACGGCUCGUGGAGCGAGUGGAGCCAGGAGGCUGCAGGCACCCCCUGGACAGACCCUUGGGACCUCACCUCUGAAAUGGAGCCCUUCAGCUCACAGGUCCCCAUGGAAGAUGGUGCCUAUGGGGUGACACUGUCCCCCAGGCUCUUCGGGGAGGAUGAUGCUAAUGGUGCUGGUGGGUCUGUGAUGGAAUCCAGCACCCAUCCUGUGGCAUCCCCCUACGCCUUCCUGGUCACUGGGGGGAGUCUGCUCCUUGGCAUCGCCCUGUUUGUUGGCAUUGUGGUGAGGUACAGGCAGACGUGGUGGACAAGCAGGCAGGGGACAACCAAGCCAGAGGGCGAGGGGCAGCAUAUGCUGGUCCCCCUAGGCCUCCCCCUGCCCACACUCAGUGAUACCCCUCUGCUCCCACACCCUGCCCCCUCAGCCCCUGGAGUGCUCCACACGACUCACGCAGAUUUUUCCUCCUCAGGGCACUAGUCAGGGGCUGAAUAUGCUGGUAGGUUCUUGGGGGUUGGAUGGGGAGCCCCAAGGCUGUGAUGUGGCUUCUGGGAGCAGUUCCUCCCCACUAUCUAGUGGUUCUGUGGCUGGGGCAAGCCUCUGAGGAGGAGAAUCAGUGCUACCCCCCAUGGAGAAGCAGCUGGGAAAGGGCCCCAAAGUGAGUCCUGUGGCACCUUCAGCACCAUGGCCAAGCUGGCGUGGCCAGGAGUGACAGCGCUGGAAGCGUGGCUGCACCAGAGCUCGCCUGGGACCGGGUUUGGGGGUCCCCAGGGAGGGGCCUGGGGGUCAGGGAGGGAGGGUCUGGCUGGAUCAGGCCCCCAUACCUCUGCUCCAGCCCCCUCGGGGCUCCUUUUCAAAGCACAUACUGGGGAAACAAGACAAUGUGACUCAAAUAAAUGCUUUGGACUUAUACUGGAAUGGGUGCUGGGAGCGGGGUAACAGAGUGGUUGCUGCAGCCCUCCCGUUGCCUGGGACUGGCUCCAGUGGGGUUUCACCCUCACUUCAUUCACCCACUCCUGCUGUGCCCUGUAACUCUGCCCCCACGUACCCC